UCAGUGUCUUGCCCCGUGCCGGCGACAUCCCUUCGCGCCCGUCCGCUGCACAAGUCGCAACGAACGGUUCUCCUCGCGUAUAUUUCCCGUACCUAUACACACGACGGUUCGAAAAAAUACCGAAACAUUUUUUUUUUCCGAGCAAAUCUUUAUUAUUAGCAUUAUCAUCAUCAUCGAAACGAACAAACAAUACGCGAUCCGGAAAAAAAUUUCAAUUAUUUUCCAACACCUUUUUGACCGUUUCACACCCGCGAUAUUCAGCAUUUUCGUCCGAUUUUCAGUCACCGCCACGCCGUCGAUCGGAUUAACAGUCCAAUAAUCAUCGUCGUUAAUAUCCACGUCCCGUUUCUCGUUUAAUUAUCCACCGUCGUCUCCGUCAUACCCUGUCCAGAGAGGAGAGGCACCGCACAGGGCUGUCCACAACGCCGGAGACAGGAAGGCUGUACGUCAUAUCUACUGUUCACACCGUCCAGACGAGGUUCAAGUGAAACCAGUGAAUGUUUGAGAACCAAACGUAAUACAGUUCACGCCCUUAAAAAUAAUUAUGAACACUUACAACUCACUGGUCUAGCCGACCGAAUCAAUCGCAUAUGAACCGACCCUAACUCGACUUUCGCGACUCCACCCGCGCACCCACACGCCGGACGUGGUUUUCGUCGACCCGCACUCCUCGGAGGAGAUCGCGCGAAGUCGAACGCCGUCGUCGCUGCCGCCGACGCGCCAACACCGCUGCGGGACUCGACAUCGUCGUCACCUGUACACUCGCCACCAGCACUUCCACAACCGACGGCGUUGGGUUACCGCCACGAUAACCGGAACCGCGGUAUAUACCGCGAUGACGACGACGACCGCCACAUACACCACAACCAUAACGACCAUCCGGUCGUAGAGGAGCGGGCGAGGUAUCGGUCGGAAGUGGUUCGCGGCGGACCGGAAGCGGGAGAACAGUCAAAUAAGUCAUCGGCGGGGGCACGGACGAUCCGAUGGACGAGGAAAACUAUACGGCCGUGGUGCCCACGUACUUGACGGGCCUGUUCGACUUCAACGGAACGGCGGAGGGCGGCAACGAGACCGACGACGGUGGCUAUCUGAACGUGACCACCGAGAUGCCUGUCCGGUACGCCCGGCCCAUGUACGGGUUCGUCAUGCCGUUCCUGUUGCUGGUGACCAUCGUGGCCAAUACUCUGAUCGUGGUCGUGCUGUCCAAACGGCACAUGCGAACGCCCACCAACGUGGUGCUCAUGUCCAUGGCCCUGUCCGACAUGUUCACGCUACUGUUCCCGGCCCCGUGGCUGUUCUACAUGUACACGCUUGGCAACCACUACAAACCGCUGUCGCCUGUCGAGUCGUGCUACGCGUGGUACGCCAUGAACGAGGUCAUACCAACGCUGUUCCACACCGCGUCCAUCUGGCUCACGCUCGCCCUGGCCGUCCAGAGGUACAUAUACGUGUGCCAUGCACCAGUGGCGAGGACAUGGUGUACAAUGCCACGAGUUCUUAAGUGCGUCGCCUGGAUAUCAGUAAUGGCAUCAUUACAUCAAUCGACCAGAUUUGUUGACAGAACAUACGAGCCAAUCAAAAUAUCAUGGAGAGGACAAGACUCGGUGGUCGUGUGUAGAAUGAAGCACGCAUAUUGGGUUGAACAUUGGGUCACACUUGACGUAUACUUCACGCUGUAUUAUGCGUUCCGUGUGAUCUUCGUGCACACUGGCCCGUGCAUAUCUCUGGUCGUGUUAAAUCUUUUACUGUUCAGGGCUAUGAGAGAUGCGCAAUUAAAAAGAGACAAAUUAUUCAAAGAGAACAGAAAGAACGAAUGCAAACGUCUAAGAGAUUCUAAUUGCACAACAUUGAUGCUCAUUGUCGUUGUGACAGUUUUCUUAAUGACAGAAAUUCCAUUGGCUGUAGUAACGGUGUUGCACAUAAUAUCAAGCAGUAUCAAAGAAAUACUCGACUAUUCGGUGGCCAAUCUGUUGGUGUUGUUCACCAAUUUCUUCAUCAUCGUCAGCUACCCGAUCAACUUCGCCAUUUACUGCGGCAUGUCCAGACAGUUCCGGGAAACGUUCAAAGAGCUGUUCAUCAGAGGCUCGGUGCAGAUAAACCGUAAACACGGGGCCGGCGGCAGCUCCCGUUACUCGUUAGUCAACGGACCCAGGACAUGUACCAAUGAAUCGCUUUUGUAAAUUCAUUACGACCGCUUAUAAUAUUAUUGUGCAUGCGCACGAUCAAAUUUUAAAACCCACCCGUCUGAAAAAUGAGUACUUAUAACGUACCCGUUGCGAUUGAAGUAACCAGCCGAUAUGGGUACCAACCCGUAAUAAAAAAAAAAAAAACGAAGCAUACAAUAUUAUUUACUUACAGUUGUACAUAUUAAUAUAAUAAAUUAUACAUAUUACCUAUUAUACCGUUUUGAUGGAAGGAAAGGGGAAAGGGAUAAAAGUAAUUUUUACGCACAAUUCAUACUAUAUUAUUAUAUUAUAAUAUAUUAUAACAUAAUAAUAAACGUUUUCAAAAUCAAAUAACCGUACAAGCGAUACUUCUCAAACCACAAUUUUCGGACGUUCAAAAGUCCCAUUCACAGCAGUAUUAUGCAUAGAAAUUAAAUGUUGAUACCGUUUAAAUAACCUACAUGCAUUAUAUAAUGUGCAGAUAAUUGUAUUUCGUUCUUUUUAAUUGUACCUCUAUUUCAUUUCAUACUGGAGUUCUGUCCCGAACUAAGUCAAUUGCUUCCAAAAAUGUAUAGAAAUACCUUUUAAUAAUAAAUAAAUUUUAAAUUUGAAUUAAUUCAUUCAUUUUUUAAUUGAGUACUUAUGUAAUCAAUUUAAUUUUUAAACUGAUAAUGCAAUGACUACGUUCAUUUUAUCUCUAUAGCAGCGUGUUGAUUUAAAUUGUACAUCACAAUAUUAAAUAAAUUAAAUAUAAUCAAACACCGUGAAAAAUCGUUGAUUAUUAUUUUUUUUCCUAGUAAGAUAAAUUGCUGUACAGACCCCUUUUCAUAUAAUUUUUUUUUUUUAAUUAUCUUUAUGGGAUAUUAACAAUUGGCACAAUGUAAGUUAUUUGUCAUUCGAUUUUUUUAUUUUUAUUUUUAUUUUUUUGUUGUUCGAAGCGAGAACAGAUGAUGGGAUUAUUACGUGCAAUUAAUUUUCCUUAAAGCAAUCAAUUUAUGUCAAACAACAUUAUUUAUUUAUUAUUACUUCUUUUUCUUUUUUUUUUUUGUAACUACAUAUAGAUUUCUAGUUAUAUUACGUAUCUACCUAUCUCACAAUAUGUUUACUGAGAAAAAUCGUAAACCGUUUUAAAUCAAUUACAAUUAUAUUUUAUUUUGUAAUUUUGAAGUUAUUCAAAUUUACUAAGUAUAUUGUACACAUUUAAAUUUACUUUUAAUUAAUGCUGUUUGUUUAAGAAAAUGUUCAGCCAUCAAAGGAUUAACCGUUUCAAACCUUUCAGCAACACGACUGAACAAUAAUAUAUUAUUGAUGAAAUUUCUAAGAAACCGUAAUAUUUUGGGGGUAAAUAAAAUCAAGAUAUUUAUUAUUCAGAGAAAAGUAUUAAUCUGGAAAAGGGGGUUGGUAAAUAGUAUAUAUUGUAAUGGCUACGACCACAGUAGUAUCAAAUUAAAUCAAUCAUUGCACACAGUCCUAUGCACAAAUAUAUAAAUAUCUUAGUAUAGUGUUAUAGCUUUUCAUAUUUCUAUGGACAAAUUUUACUUAUUGUUGACUCAAAAAAAACUGUAUUUCCUAUAAUGGUGUACAGGAUAAUAAUAUGACGUUCAUCUUGGAACCGUUCUAUUAUUACGCAACUAUCAAUAUUAUUUCAAAAACCAAAUCUUGGUCUAUAAAACAGUAUACAUUUUACAUUUUUUUCAACUUCUGAUUUUUAAUUUGUCUGUAUAAACGUAUAGUUAAAUUUAAACUGUUCACUAACCAAUAAUGACCACGUGAUAUCUUGAAGGUAACAACCAUAACAAAAAUAAUAAGAAUAAAGUAAUACAGAUGUAUGCAAUCUCCAAUAACAAACAUUAUACUAAAUACGCGAGUACUGAUAUGUUUGUAUAGUCCAUCGGUCGUGUACCUUCUUACGUACCUAUAUAAUUAAUCUUACAACCACGGCUUUAGAUAAUACCUAUGGUUGUGUAACGAUUAACAAAAGAAGAAAAAGUGGGUCUUCAAUGUUCUCCACCAAAUGCCUAAGAUCAUAGAGCGCUUUCAGCGGAUUUAUAUUAUAACAAACCAAAUAGCAAAAUAAUAUAUAUAUUAUUAACAUUAAAUGGUAAGUUUUUUAAAGCAAACUGAUAGAUUGCGCUGCAAAAUCUUAAGUAAAAUCCGGUAAUAUCGAGAGAACAUAUGUGGGACAUAAACGUCCCGUAGAAUGUAAUACACCGUACUGCGACCAUACUAUAUCUAAAGCCGUGCUUACAACUAUAAUAACGGUGUGAAAAUAAAAUAUAUUAGAUUACUUCUCAAUCAGCUCAUUCAAUUUUGAAGCCAAAAGGGUUUAAAUUACAAUAUAUUUACAUACUCAAUAAUAUAUCGCUGAAAUGUUUAACUGCACGACUAUAGAAGAUUAAGCGUUUUAAAAAUAAUAACGUUAAUUAAAUAUUAAAAUGUGUAGAAAUAUUUAUUUAGAAAUAAUCUCACUGAUAAAGAAUUAAAAAAUAAACUAAAAAACUAAAAAACAGUAAAUUAAUCAUUAUAUUAUAAUAUAGAUUUGUUGUUUGAAAUUAGAUAUAACACUACGAUUAUUAAUUUUACAUGUCAAAUAUAGCUAAAAAUUGGAUUAGGUUCAUAUUAACUUACUGUACAAUUGUACAUUCAUGUUUUUAAAACAAUAAAUAUACUAAAUACACGUUAAAUAAUUAUGUGCUAACACAGUUUUUUAAUUGAAGAAUUAAUGUAAUUUAAUAUUGUAAAUAGGUAUCUAAAUAUUUAAAUUGUAUUACAAUUAAUCACAUUUAUCUUAAGCACCACAUAAAAAUU